GACCGUUUCUGGAGGAGGUGGGUCAUGGAGUACCUGCCUACGCUUGUGCGCCGCGAGAAGUGGUGCCGCCGAACGGAGCCCAUCCACCAGGGUGAUAUGGUCUUCGUCUGCGAUCCUGCCUUGGCCCGACGAGAGUGGCGCAAGGGCAUCGUGGAGGAGAUCUACAGCGGAGCUGAUGGAGUCGUCAGACGCGCUAAGGUGCGCGUGAACGACAACGGCCUAUCUAGGACAAUGAUGCGACCCGUCUCUAAACAUGCAGUCUUGGAUUUGAGUGAAGCGGUUCUUCACGGGGUCGGGGAUGUCGCGGAUCGAAUAUUGUUAUCGAUAGGCUAGUUAGUAUUUUUGAGAAGUCCGAAUGUGGAAGGAUUUGUAAGCCCAUAUGUGUCUGGGCACAUUGUUUUUCGCCAUUGUAAAUUGCCGGGAAAAUUUAGCUUUUCAUUGUCGUGUAAGAGUUGGAGGACACACUGCGAAUAAAACGUGUUCUACUACCACGGAUUAGUCUGCCCUUUCUUUCGGGAACCAAUGCGUGGGGUAGCCGUUUAAGGCAACUCCAUGUGACGCACGACGACA